CUGCCUUCAUCAUCGGUUCAUCUUCAUUGUCAGCCCCAUGGUUUGGAAGAUACAGAGUGUGCGAAGUGUAGUGUGUCACAGUAAAAGAGAAAGACCAUAGCCCUUCACCAGUGCCAUUGAUCUCUCUCUUUUUCUCUCUCUCACACACACGGGUCGAAAGAGAUGAUUCUCUCUCACCUUCCGAGAUUUCAUUGCCACUGCCCCAUCUUCAUUACUCGACAUUCUCUCUACACCCAGCUCUUUCUCAGCCCCAAACCCAAACUUCACAUCUCCUUCUCACUCAUAACACCCAAAUCUCACCCAAUAUCUCACUUCUCUUCAACACCAACUCUUCCCUCACAAACCCUUCUUCAAACCACCGAAAAUCCUUCACUUCCAGAAGAUACCCACAUAGAAAUUUCAGUUGAAAAGCUCUUUGUCCCACCGGAUACUGAUAUUUCGUCCGAAACCACUCCACUUAGCACGAGGAUUUUGAAGGGUUCGAACAUUGUGCUCAGUAAGUAUGUCAGGGAUGCUCAGGUGGUCCAAGCAGAGUUUGUGAAGAGCAGUGUACGGACUGAGGAUUGUCCCUCUGAUGGGUUGCCGGAGUUUGCCCUCGUCGGGAGGUCGAACGUCGGGAAAUCGUCGCUGCUCAAUUCACUGGUGAGGCGGAAGAAGCUCGCCCUCACCUCGAAGAAGCCUGGGAAGACCCAGUGCAUUAACCAUUUUCGAAUCAAUGAUAGUUGGUACCUGGUGGAUUUACCUGGAUAUGGGUAUGCAGCUGCGCCACAGGAACUUCGAAUAGAUUGGCACAAGUUCACUAAAGACUAUUUCCUAAACCGGUCAACUUUGGUCUCAGUAUUCCUUCUCAUAGAUGCUAGCAUUCCUGUUAAGCCAAUCGAUCUCGAAUAUGCAAGUUGGCUGGGUCAGAAUCAGAUUCCUAUGACAUUAAUCUUUACCAAAUGCGACAAGCGCAAAAAGAAAAAGAAUGGAGGGAAAAGACCCGAAGAAAAUGUGCAAGAUUUUCAGGAGUUGAUACGCGACUUCUUCCAAACAGUGCCACCUUGGAUUAUGACCAGUAGUGUUACUAAUCAAGGUCGAGAUGAGAUACUGCUGCACAUGUCUCAGCUACGUAACUACUGGCUCAAGCAUUAGAAAAUACAAAUUAGGUCUUCCUGUCUCUCCCUUAUAGAAGGGAGUAAAGCAUGGCUUGUGGCUUGUGGCAUGUGGCUUGACUAGUGAGUGUUUAUUACCACCUCAAGAAAUCUAUUGUCUUGUUGCAAAUCUGUCAUGUUAAAACCAGCUCCAACGGCCAUGAAAAGGAAAGAGGAAGCAGAAAAGAAGGGGAGGGGUUAGGGAGAGUAAAAGGUUGAUGGCAUAGCUUGAGCACGAGUAGCUUGCAGGCUGACCUUUAUCCGAGUGAGAUACCAUGACGACCGAUGCUAGAUGUCUUACGUUUUUUUGGUUUUGAAGAGGGCAAAAUGUUUGCAAUGAUAUUAUUCACGAUGUAUUUUUAUAGAAGCUUCAAAUAGUUGCCUUUUCACAGUUCAAUUUAGUUUGCAUUUUGAAGAAACUUAUUGGGUGAGUGAUUUUUGAUGAUUAUAAUCA